CCCAGCGUGGCCAACGGCGUCCUCUCAGCCGAAUUAUUCUUCAGCACAUCGUGCAGAGUUAGCCUCUAUACUUCACUAUGGCUUCAAAACGCGGUCACAGCGCCCUCUCGGCCAGUGACUACGAUGAUGCGCCGCCCUCCUCUUCUAACAAACGUCGUCGCGGGCAGCCUGCUGCUAAGACCAAGCAGGUCGAAGUGAAAACUGACCCGACAUACGGCCAGAGAACCGCUUUCCCGGGCCUAGAUGACGAUGGCAACGGCCAAUUCAGCGACGAAGAUCUUGAAACUGAGGAAUGCGGCGACGCGCUCGCCUAUUUGAAAUCUGUUCGACAAGAAGCCAGCCACGUCCCACACAUUCUCGUCGCGCCGAAAGCAGGGCCCCAGCUCCCUCCCCAUUUGCUAUCUACAACAGCAAACAGUCACGAUGCAGUCGACCGCAGUCUCUACGAUGACGGCGUAGGCGAUUCCCGAGGUUACUACCAAGACGGUGCCUACACCGCAGCCCCUGACCAAUCACCUACCUCCAGCCAGCAAGAAGCCGGAUUGCUGGCCUCAGCCGAUGCUGAAGCCGAAAACAAGCGCGCCCUCAGCGAAUCCUAUUACGCCUCCCUUACCGAACAGUUUAUCUCUCUUCGGGCCCUCCUUCACCAGGAACCACCCCAAGAACUUGUUGAUGCCCUCGACAAAGACCAUGGUAUAGAAGUCGGCGCGUUUGGCCCAAAGUCUUGGACUUUCCGGGUGUGGACCAAACGAAUCAGAUACACAGACCCGUUCCCGGUUCAAAUCGCAGCCUUGGACAGGCAGAGCGUUCUCAAGAUUCUUCGUAUAAUUCUCGGUGGCAAGUUCAUCCGCCGUGGUUAUGAGCUGCGGGAAAGGACUAGUCGCUGGAUUUGGGCUUUGCUUGCUCGUUUGCCUGACCGGGGUGUGCUUGACCACACCGAAGUUGGAUGGGUGAGGGAUCUAGGAAAAAGAGCUGUGCUCAUGAUGGUUAGUAUCGCUCAUAUGGCUGCGUUGAGAGAAGAAGUGGACGAGGGCUUAGAGGGCGAGGAGUAUGGCGACGAAGAGGACGAGGAGGAAGAAGAGUACCCCGUGGACGAGGACAUGGAAUCGGAAAGUCAUGAGGACAUUUUUGUUGUCACCAUACAGGACGACAAAGGAACCCUCGAGGUACCGCCAGCUAACCCUGUCGAGUCUGCUGAGGAGGCGGAAGAUGGCGAAAUGGACAUGGACCUCGACGAAGGGGAGAUCUCAGAUGAAGACAACAACAAGGAUAUCGGUGCUGACAUUGCGGCAGCCAAGGCGCGCAUGCUUGCCCAGCUUGAAGACAUCCCAGAGUACGAGCAGGGCGUUCCCGCUGUUCAAGUGGAGAAGGUCUAUGCUGACCAAGCGGAUGAGCCGGUUUUUGAAGAGACGAGAGCCAGAAUCAACAUGCGGGCGACUUUGAAUAUGAUUUUGACCGUAGCGGGUGAGCUUUAUGGGCAAAGGGAUUUGCUGGAGUUUCGGGACCCUUUCCCUUCUCUGUAGUUUUGCUAAGAAGGCAUGAUUUGUGAAGGGCGGGGUGCCCUGUAUGUAUGUUACUCAAGCCCAUUCAUUGUUCUCAUAGUAAGCAAGCCUACUGUUUAUAUAAAUAAUCAAUCUUUAAUAGUUACAUGUCCGAUGAGAAGCGGGCAGGUCAAAACUACAA